AUGCUCUUUGUUGAUGUGGUGAUAGAUAUGUCGAGGAGGACGCGUCGUUUUGCCUACGAUGCGUCUGGAGAUGGUGGAAGAAUGAUAGGAUGCCAUCAACGCUGCCGCAUUGCCGUAUUUCCUUAUUUGGGGGGUUACACUGCGAAAUUUCAAACCGAUAAGAUGCUAGAAGAAACCCCUGGCGUGUUAACGUCCUUUGUGCAGAAAAUCUUCAAGUACCUCUACGAGACGUACGACCCCAACGAGGAACCCCAGUAUCUUGACUUGAUCUUGACUCAUUGUUCUGAAGAGUCGAACAAGGCAGGCCUCGACAUCCGGAUCAAUCACAAGUCUGUCCUCCUUCCUGGACUAAAAGACUAUCUGGUCAGAGCCAAGGAGGGCGCGAGCCUCGCGAAAGUGCUUUUCAAAGACGUCUUUGAGGUUCCAGAGGAAGGAGGUGGAAUCGUCGCGGGGUUUUUCACCGUCACUCGCAACCUCAAAUUUAGGAUCCGCGUCGGGCCUGCGCAAAGGGUAGAGAGUGUCUCGUUCAGCGCCAAGUACGGACGAUUAAUUCACUACCUCAUUGUACCAUAA